UUACUUCCCGUUGCACCUUGUCUGAUCAGGUCUGGUCAUGUUGGCAUGGUGUAGUGCAGUUAGUUCCUUGGUUUGUUUUAUAGUAUUAUUAUUUAUAGGGCAUGGACUCUUCCCCUUAGAAUACGAAUUUUAGUAGAAGUGGGUUUAAUUGUAUAUUUAGUCCGAAACAUUGUAUCUUGGACAUAAGCCUUACUGUGAUAUCAAGGUUUCUGCCGGUCUUUGAUUACUGUUUGUCGCAAUCUGCUGGAUGCAACCCUUCACAGGCACUGUCAUGACCUGAGCAGCUGCUUUCCGACUGCUGGAGUCCCGUCGGUGCUGAUGCUUUGGAAAACAUUUAUCAAAAAUCUACGUAUGUAUGAUGGAAGAUGGGAAGAAGACCCAGAUGGUCUGAGCCCUUCCACUCUUGGUGACGGAACAUCCCAAGACAGCUAUCUGUAUGGUGUCCCCAUUUGGAGACCUGGAGCCUCCCCAUAUUUGCUGACCCUGUGAGCUGGAUGAUAGGCGUGUGUGCUUCCAGCUGGGAGAUGAAGAGCAGUGUAGUCUACAAUCCCAAUAAGGUCUGAGCGGCCUGCUCCAGAUAGGAGAGUCGAGGCCAUGUUGGCUAAGAUACAGGAGGGCUUAGAAAAAACAUUCUUACUUCUCAGUGAACAUGGCAUAUUAUUAGGCUGAUCUUAAGGGUGGUGCCAAGUCUGUUGGCCUAGCAAAUAUAAAAAAAAUAGGAGGGAAAACUAGUUAUCUCAGUGUUCAGUAUAUAUCUUGUGGCGUAUGGGACUGAAACAGCCAUCUACAGUGCAGUACUUUGCAUGCAUCUAUAUUGUGCCUCCAAUUGCCCAUCUCUGUGUUUAAUCUAACAGGACCCAGGUGUCUUGUCUCAAGCUUCAUAUUGCUAAUCAGAAUCCCCAGCAACAUCUAGUAAAGAUCCUCCAAAGUUUUUGGGGAUCUUAUCAAAAAGCUUUUUUUAUGCCAAAGGGAUUCAGUCUUUUGGGAUGUUGACACAAGUGAUGUAGACUUUGUUGGACAUCGUAUUCUGUUUGAGGAAAUGUUGAUUUUUCUCCACCGGCACUGGGUUCUAGAUUACCUUGGCGUGGGGUUUGACACUGCUGUCUUGUAGAGGGGAAUUCAGCGCUUGACACGGCUAUCCUCCAGCACCAUGCGCUUGUUUCUGCGCUGCUUCCGGCUGUGCCCCAGGCGAGGCCGGUUAAGGCUGCCUAGAGGCCUCUGGGAUCUGUGGAGUUACAGCAGGCUAGUGCUCAGGUCCCUAUACUUCAACACUCUCACGAACUCCGAUGUGGUCAUGGAUUCCCUUUUUGAACCUGUGUUUUGGAUCGUGGACCAUCUUACUCGCUGGUUUGGCAUGGUCUUUGUGUGUCUGGUGGUGGUUCUCACCAGCUCCAUCCUCAUUAUCGCCUACUUCUGCCUUCUGCCCAUGGUGCUGGACACCUACCCCAUUGCCUGGAUUGUGUGGCAUAUCUGCUAUGGCCACUGGAACCUGGUGAUGAUCGUCUUCCACUACUACAAGGCCACAAGGACAUCCCCCGGGCACCCUCCACAGGUAAAAUCUGACAUCCCAGCAGUGUCUGUCUGCAAGAAAUGUAUAAUUCCAAAGCCAGCCAGAACUCACCACUGCAGCAUCUGCAACAGAUGUAUUCUGAAGAUGGAUCAUCAUUGCCCCUGGUUGAACAACUGUGUGGGUCACUUCAACCACCGCUACUUCUUCUCCUUUUGCCUCUUCAUGACCCUGGGCUGUAUGUACUGCAGCAUUAGCGGACGCUACCUGUUCUUGGAUGCUUACAGGGCCAUACAGCGCUUCAAGAGCUUGGACGUGGAGCCGCAGGGGGUGCCCGUGACUGGGGUUGGGUGGCUUCUUGGUGUCCUACCUCCUGGAUCUGCACCUGGGCAGAGCUAUUAUAAGACUCCACCUCCGCCUUUUACCUUUAAGGACAGGAUGUUUCACAAGAGCGUCAUUUAUAUGUGGGUGCUAACAAGUACGGUGGCGCUAGCCCUAGGGGGCCUGACACUGUGGCACGCUAUGCUGAUCUCUCGUGGUGAGACCAGCAUCGAGAGGCACAUCAACAACAAAGAGACUCGACGCUUGCAGAAAAGUGGCAAGGCUUUCAAAAAUCCAUUUAAUUAUGGCCGACUGAACAACUGGAAGGUGUUCUUUGGUGUAGAGAAGAGGAGCCAUUGGCUGACACGUGUACUGCUGCCCUCCAGCCACCCACCAUAUGGCGAUGGACUCACCUGGGAGCUCUCUCUGCACAGGAAGGACCCAAUUGAGGUCUGACCACAGACGCAUGCUAAACAUGCCCAGCUCUUUGACCCUUCAGAAUCGCCUUUGGGAAGACGGCAGUAACUGCAGAGCCUGUACUGCCUUGCCUCACCAGUUGGGGCACCAGUGGGCCUCCAUUCAAGAAUGGGGCAUUCCUUGCGCAUCUAAAUGCGUAGCACUGUAAACGUUGACCACACAUCUCCUUCCUUUGCUGGAGGCCUGACGGGGAGCUUCAUGCUGCUGAAUUCCCAAGAGGCUUUGCCAAAGAGUGGGUAAGAGCUUCCUAGUCAUCAGGAAGAAGAGGCUGAGUAACUGUUUACUGUGGUGCGUUGGCACCUUGUACUGGCACACUAAAGGAUCACAUGCAGGAAUAUGAGGAGCACUGUUCUCUUCACUGGUUAUUUGUACUCGAUCUGUAUUUGAUCCAAUUAAAUGUGUUUUUCCAUAAUUUUUAA